CUUAUGAUUAUUAUUCUUGUUUGACCUUUGUGAGAUUAAAGCCACGUUGCAUACUGAUCAAUCCUGCAGUACAUUGAUGCUGGCCACUUCUGGGCCCAGUUGGCCGACCAGGUUGCCACGACGAACAUGAGACGGCUACUGGACAGUAUCAGCACUCGUUGUCCACGCAUGGAGGUCGUCGAGGAGACAAAUGAGGUCUAUGCCAUGUGGUAUUUGUGGACUAUUGUACCGUGGAGAUGGUAAAUACUAGUGUAUGGUAUGAGCUCUCCUCCAAUGACACAGAGCUCGAUAUGCAGGCCAUCGAGUGUUUCCUCACCUCCGUCAAACCCACCAUUCAGAGCUCAUCAGAUGGCAAGUGGUCAGCUGAGGCUAACGACAGGUUCAAGCAACUCACAAUGAGCAAAUACCUCAUGAUUCAGGUGUACUCUCAUGUGGGGAAUUCCCUACGUGUCGACUUGUACGAUACGACAAGCCAGGAGGACAUCUUCAUCAACGAGGUGCUUGUGAAGGAAGGCCAUGCUGUCCACUGCCCUACCCCUCAAAGGAAAUGACAUCAUAAUUACAAUUUCCAGAAAAUUAUUCAGUGGAGUGAAAGGCCUAUUCAGUGUAUGUUGUUGUCUAUACUUUCGACAAUAUGCUACAUGCAGAUCUACCUGUA